CCGGGCACGUAAUGCCCAAAGGUAAACAUUCGCCCCGCUCUCCCCUCCCAGGAGCCUCUUCUCUCCCACGGCACUCCGGGCACAAUCUAAUCGCCUCCUAGGGGACACGGGGCAUGAGAUUCAUAAAUUUCGAGCUCAAAUAAAGAACUUUGAGUGGGGAGAUGGCAGAUGGCGGCACGGAGUGACCGGGAAGAGUCAUCCGUCAUAAGUCAUCGCACGUAACGCUUAUCGAUAAUUGCCUCGAUAUGCAAGUGGGAAAGGAAUGCACACUAAUCUGCCUUCGCGCACACUUCACCUUCGUGGCAAGAUGGUUUGGCUAAUUGCGCAAAAGUACUUCGAGUGUGCGGACGACAACUGUUUCGACUUGAAAAAUGAUCUAAUCAAAUGCACAAUAACUCGAAUAUGAGCUGUGGUAGGUGAUAUGGCAGAUCCCACGUAGCCCAAAACAAAUAUUUAUAAGUACUUAACAAUGAAGAAUGUCAUUUAUUAAAGCUAGAUCUAUCGCUCAACAAAAAACACAAAUGAUAUGCACCAGUGGACUCCCCUAGCUAUGGGAAAACCCCUUUCCUCUGUCUAAACCGAUUUGAAACAAACGUCACAGGCAUGUAAUCCCCAAAAACCAUUCGGAAUACACACGUUAGACGGUUAGGAAUAACAAAAUACAAACAGAAAAAGAUCUCCUAGCAAAGGAUCGACAGAAAAAAGACACCACAACAGCGAGGGGUAGCCCAGAAGGAGGAUGAAGUACUUUCGUCAGCCCUGUCCCAUACGGAUUGUGGAGGACGCCGGCGGUGCCUUCAUGAUGGGCACCAUUGGCGGGAGUCUGUUCCAGUUUCUGAAGGGAUUCAGGGAUGCUCCGACUGGAAUUCGGCGCGGGCUCUACGGCGGAUUGGAUUCCGUCAAGUUGAGGACACCCGUAAUUGCCGGCAGCUUUGCCGUUUGGGCCGCCACAUUCAGCACUGUGGACUGCACAAUGAUCCACUACAGGCAGCGCGAGGACGCUUGGAACUCGAUUGUGUGCGGCGCUGCAACGGGUGGCAUUCUCUCUGCCCGCCAGGGCAUCCGGCAAAUGGCAAACGGUGCGCUGAUUGGGUGUUUGGUGCUGGCCAUGGUCGAGGGAGCCAGCGCAGCCGUGGCCACAAUCUCUGCAGCCGAACAUCAGUCCAUCGCUCCAGGAGAGGCCCAAGGCAAGCAGCAGCGUCCGCAGUGGGACGUGCUCCAGGACGGGUCCAAAAAGGACUCCGAGUUCGAGCCAGUGAUGGACAAGUGUCCGUCGUUCAAGAGCUGCCACAUGGGUACUGGCCCCCACUCCUUGUCGGACCUGGUCAAGAUGGCCAACGUUGUCUAGUUAUCCAGUGAAUUCUUCCCUAGAAAAGCCUUCUAUUUCUUGGCAAUGGAAAUCCAAAUUAUGUUCAUGUUCGUAUCGAUUCAU